AUGAAGAAACCCAUUUACUCGUUAACGCGCAAAUUGGGACGCAUGUCCUGGAACAAAUACAACCUCUACAACAUUGCAAACAAGCGACUAGUCGAUUUGAGCAAACUUACCCUCUUUCAACAAAAAUGGAUCGCCAAACGAGAGACACGAGCCUAUCACGGUGACGAGGUCACUGAACGCCAAUUCAAAGCCAAGUUCUUCAAUUCCAAGCUUCCUACCAUCAACAGUGGCUCUACACAAAAGCCACACCCACCUGUUUCCGUAUUGACCUUUGCUGAACUCGAACGACGUCUUGAUUUUAUUGUUUUCCGUUCCAACUUUGCAUCAUCAGUCUACGCUGCUCGACAACUAUGUGUUCAUGGAAAGGUUAAAGUCAAUGGCAAGAAGCUUGCUUUCCCAUCACACAAGGUCAAGGAUGGCGAUGUCAUUUCAGUGGAUCCCAAUGCUAUUCAAAUGUUGAAGGGUGAAAAGGGCACCGAGCUUGAAUUCGAACCUAAGCCAUUCUCUCAACCUUUCCUAUUCGUCCCUGAAUAUCUUGAAGUCAAUUACAAAACUUGCCAGACCGUUUUCUUACGAUCACCCAUCUCUCGACCAGGUCGCUCCGAAAUCCCAUCUCCUUAUCCUCCAGAAUUACAUUCUUUGGCUUACGAAUAUUAUGCCAGUAAAUAA